AUGUUGCUGGUGAAGAAAACGAAAAACGAGCACCCCUCAGAUCGUUCACCAAAACGAAAACCAAAGAAAAUGAAAAACGAGCACCCCUCGGAUCGUUCACCAAAACGAACACCAAAGAAAAUGAAAAACGAGCACCCCACAGAUCGUUCACCAAAACGAACGCCAAAGAAAACGAAAAAAGAGCACCCAACUUCAUAG